AUGUAUAGACAAACAUAUUAGUAUCCAUCUAGAGCCUAUCCUUAACAAGUUUUUGGAUACUUAUAGCCAUAAUAUUAACAUCAAGUGCCAUAAUUAUAUCCAUAAACCAUAUAUUAACCUUAUUACGGAAUCUAGAUACCCGCAGCUCCUAAAUAUCCUUAACCAUCAAUUGCUAAUUAGAAUUUAUAAUCACCUUAAAAAAAUUUUUAAAGCCCUUCUAGAGGCUUUGUAUCACCUUCAAGAACCAAUUUAAUGUAAUCAUAAUAAAAUUCUCAAUCACAACAAAACCCUAUCCUAUAAUCGCCAUCUAGAACUGGCUAUUAUACAUAUGAAUAAGUAAUGGAAAAAAUUAAAAAUGCUCAUUCAUAUCAAUAACAGUAGCAGAAUUAAUAGUGCAUACCUUAAUCUAGAUAAUAACAAGAAAAUAAUUAUGUAGAAUCUAAUCAAUAGAAACAAGUACCAAAUUAAUAACUCAUGCCCAAACAAGGCUUAGUUGACAAUAAAUAAAAUAUUGGAAAAGAAAUUAAAAAAUUUGAACCGAAAUAGACCUAAGAAGAUAAAAUAAAACCAGAAUAAAAAUAACAAAAUGAUGAAGAAUUAGAAGAAUUGGCAUUAUAGUAUGAAGAUGGCUAUAUUUAUAGAGGUCAAGGUUAUCCUCCAUAAACUAGAUAAGGAUUUGGCAUGCUUACAGAUAAUGAAGGUAGAGAAGUUUAUGCUGGCUAUUGGAAAUAGAAUGUUUAUGAUGGAUAGGGGAGGCUAUAGAAUUUAUAAGUUGAAGAAAUUGAUGGUGCUUUUGAUUGCAAUAACAUGACAACUAUUGGAAAUGGAUGGUCAUCGUAUGAGGGCUAAUUCGUCGGAGGCAAAAUGUAAGGUUAAGGAAUGAUUGUCUUGUCUAAUGGAGAAAAAUAUGUAGGAUAGUUUGAUGAUGGUAUGAUUCAUGGGGAUGGUGAAUUUACAACUUAUCAAAACGAAGUUAUAAAAGGUAAUUGGGAUCAAGGAUAUUUGGUACAAAUGACUGAAGAAUGA